AUCCCACGAAUGGUAAUCAGAGAUGUGGAUGCCGAGCGUAUUCCUAACGCCAGAACGCUUAGCACAAUUUUUCAUAAUAAUGUAUUUUUGCGUUUUUAGAAAUUGAAGCUGGACAUCUGGUUUUCAUUUUAUGCACUAGUUCUGCUAUAAUUCAUUCCAACAUGCCUAUGGAAAAGAUGCCGAAGAAACCUCAAACGGUUUUGGAAUACAUUAAUUGGCUAUAUUUCUAUUUUUGUGUUAGCACUGGACUGUGGAUGCUCGAUGCCUGGGAAAGAGCCAUAUUCAAUACUGGAGCUGUUAUUAUUUUUGCAAUGUCUGCAUAUACGGCAUAUGCUUUCCUCCCUGGACAUCUCUAUGCUAUGUUGACAUUUUUCGGAUUUAUGUCACCAUCCAGUUCAGAAAUUUCCUGAAAUAAUGGCAUCUUGCCGGAUUAUUAUACAACAUAGCCCUAUUAUUGCAGAAACUUUAUAUCGAGUUAGCUUGUAUUAUAUUGUUAUUCUUAUAUUGCUCUGCAUACAUACUGUAAAUCUUUAUGAUCAAAGUCAUAUAAAAUAUAUUUCUUUGUUUUUCUUUUAUACUUCAUUAAAAAGUUGUGCAUAUUACAUGUAUAGCUCUCAUCUAGCUAUUACUAAUGCUAUAUAUAAGUUUCCAACCUGUUUUCAGUACGAUAUUCAUCAUCAAUAUAUUCAGGACUAUAAUGUUGGAUCAUUAAAAUAUGAUGUUGUGUUAACAAUUAUAAACAAAACAAACAAUUUUUUUCUUAUUAAACUAAACAUUGCACAUCUUUGUAAUUCACUGAAUUGUAAUUUGGAAAAAAAUUUUCAAACAUUGUUUUAUGUCGUAUCAACCUCAAAAAGUUUGUAAGGGGAUAUAUUCAGCACGAGUCGUCUUAUAAAUAGAUGUGGAAUAAGUUUGCUUUUAGGUUGGAAUGCUGCCUUGUUAGAGUUUGUUUCCUUAGUGUAGUUUGAACCACAUUAUUGCAAUUAUAGUGGUUGUGCAAUUUAUUAUACAGUGUGUUAUUGCAUAUAAAAUAAUCAUACUUUGUGAAUAUUGCAUAUUCAAUAAUAAUGUAGAGUCACUUUAUUUUAUGUUUUUGUCAACUAUAACUACAUCAUAGAUUUUGCUUGUGAUGUCUUCGAUACAGGUUACAGGCAGUUAGUGAACCACCAUUUAAAUGCAAGUAGUCUGACUGUUCUUUCACUUGUGGCCGAUAUACUCCGGUUCUAAAGUAUAUUUAUCAGUAAUGUUAUCGCAAUUUCUGAAUGAAAAAUUAAUUGUUGUAUUAUUGAAACAUCACAUAAAAGCAUUCCCACAUUAUUGUUCAGAUAUCCUCCAGUCUGUAAAACAUACCUCGUGUUUUUUGAAUAUGCCCUACUCCCUAGACUUCUAACAUCCGAAAGAACUUAUAGUUCAAGUCUUUUGUUCACCGACUGCCUUGACCUGAACAUCAGUAUUUAUUCACAAGUAAUUCACUUAUGGCCCUCUUCGAAUACUACGGUAAAUUGUCAUUUUAUCUUUAUAAUGGUAAUCGCAGGAUUAAUGUCACUAAAAAAAAAUUAUUUUGACUAGGAAAUUAAUUAUUUGCCACUGUUAGGUGUUAUUAUUCAGUGAAUUUAUAAUUCUAAUUUUUAAGUGUCUGUUUUAUUGCUCAAAUAUUAUCAUCAAUUCAAGACAAUAAUUUUAUGUUCAUCACUUUUUUCAAUUUUUCAUAAUUUGUGUUUCACCAAUAUGUUUCUAGUCAAUUAAUUAUUAAAAACUAGACCGAGAUUGACAGUUGUGAAGACUCAACCAAACAAAAGUAGCAAUAGAGAUGGGACGGAAAUCUGUCAUAAAAACGCUAGUGACUCAUUCUGUUCAGUAUGGAAUUAUUUUUGAGGCGGUUGUGAUGAUAUUUUUGUUUUUAAACUGUGUUGAAGAUGAAGUGGUUAGUGAAAAUGUUGUGAUCAGCUGAUUAUGGAAUCCGUGGAUUUUUAUACUAUAUCUCCAUGUUGAAGAUGAAGUGGUUAGUGAAAAUGUUGUGAUCAGCUGAUUAUGGAAUCCGUGGAUUUUUAUGCUAUAUCUCCAUGUUGAAGAUGAAGUGGUUAGUGAAAAUGUUGUGAUCAGCUGAUUAAGGAAUCCGUAGAUUUUUAUACUAUAUCUCCAUGGUGCUGGAAUGUCACAAGCGUACAGUCUCUGGGAUACUGCACUAUAGAUUUCGAUUACCCAGGAUUUACAGACUCUACUGGAUGGCCAUUUGAAUAGAGUCUUGUCAAUGACUCACUAUGCCUUCUCAAGUGUGUGAGAAUGAACACUAAGACACAAUUGUGUUGUUACGGGGCACUCUUUGGAUGCAUCAAUCGCAUCCGUUGCUGCCAGAAAAUUGUUUGACGAAUGUGCAAAAUUGAAGGACUUGUUUUAAAAGAGGGUUUGCUGAUGGCAGAAGAGGAUCUGCAGAUAAUUCCUUUUUUCGGGUAUUCAUCAUCAGUAAAGCAUUAGAUCCAUCAUUUUCGAUUGCAAAUAGAUUCCCAGUGACUGAUAAUAAUUUACCACCUAUUCGCUGCCCUUUAAUGCUUUUGUAUGUAAAGAUGUCAUUCCUCGCACACAUGGAAUGAAACAAAACCAAAAAGUUACUUUUGUUAAAUUUUAUGCAGUACAUGGUUAUGGCAUAUACAUGCAUACAAUGCACCUGAAAUUCCACAGCUUCUCAAAGAUGUUAGGACAAUCAAAAAUUUUCUUUCCAUGCUUGUUUAGUAUCAUUUAAACAGUCAAUUUAUAUUUUUUGAUUUAAGUUUUACAGAUUUGUUUAUGAGCAAUGUUUUUUUUUUAUUUAAUAUAAUGUUGAUUCUUAACAGUGUCUUGUAUUUGCUAGUAUAAAACUUUUGGUAUGUGGCAGCGGAAAUCUAAUGAAGGGAAUAAAAAAGAACAUGGAAAAGUGAAAGUUUCGAAUGAAAGUAUAGAUGAUACAUCAUGCGGAAGCAAAACUGUUGUAAAGUCAAUAAUUGUCUUCACUGUUAUGCUUUAUGUAGCAAUACCUUUGAUGUUGGCUUUUAUACCACAAAUAGUAGAGCAAAUUGUAUUUAUGAAUUUAUACUAUGCAAAGAAUGAACCUGCAUCUUUAUCACAGCCAAGUACUCAAUAUGAACUCUUUGGUACAGCCUCAUUUCGAAUGCAAUGUGACAAUGAUGAACUUGGGGUUUGGCAUGUUUUACCAAAAUCUAAAAUGACAGAAUAUAAGGAAGACGAUGUAUUGACAUCGGAUGUAGUUCGUACCCAUCUUAAAGAUGCAGAACAUGUUAUUGUAUACCAUCAUGGUAAUGGUAUGUCAAGAGGAACGGGGGACCAUUACCAAAGACCGGAACUAUACAAAUUGCUGCAAUCUCAAGGAUAUCACAUCAUUGCAUUUGAUUACAGAGGAUUUGGAGAUUCAACAGGCUGGCCUUCGGAAAAGGGCUUAGUCAACGAUUCUUUAUGCAUUCUCAAUUGGGUGAGGGGAAGCAUUGCAUCCAACGCCAAACUAACAUACUGGGGACAUUCAUUGGGAUCGUCAAUAGCAACACUGGCAGCCAAAAAAGCUGCUGAUAUUUGUGAGAAAGACCAUAAUCUGAAUACUGGUUAUAAAAUUGACAAUCUUAUUUUGGAAGGAGCUCUCACUAAUGUUCGACAAGGAGCGGAGGACAGCAGUCUUUCACAGAUAUUUAUGGUUAUUUAUCCUAAAUCUAUUUUUCGCUUUGUUCUUGAGAAUGCUUUAACUGUUAAGGAUAUUUCUUUAUCUACUAUCAAUGAUAUAGCAAAAGUGAAUUGUCCUAUCAUGCUCUUGCAUGCGGAGGAUGAUAGUGAUAUAAAGUGCAAACAUAGUGAUGAACUUUAUGUUGCAGUAAGCAAAGCGACUCAAACAGACAGGCGGAAAAGAAUUGAAUUUGUCAAGUUUAAAGCAUCUCAUGGAUACGGGCACAUGGAUAUAUACAAGGCACCAGAGUUGCCUCAAUUACUCAGUAACUUUUUAACAGACAAAGACAAUUCAGACAGGGUUGUUACUUUGUGAUCAGAGGAAAAGCUAUCUCGUUGCUCAAAUUCAUUAAUGGUUCUUUUUUAAUUCCGUUAUCAAUAUAUACCCAAAUACAAAGUGGAAUUUAUGCAUGUCCCUAGUUUGCUGUGACUCAUAACAUGAUUCUUCAUAUAUUGUGAUUAUCAGGCAUAGAGAAAUGACAUGGAUCACAUUCCUCAACUCGAGUGACAUGCUAUUUGUAAAUGGCUGCGAGAGCUUUUUGACGAAAGAUUUGUGACUAUUUGUAUUAUAUCUCCCAAUAUUGUUGGGUGUUUUAUCAACCAAAAAGUUCAAAAAAUAAAUUUCUUCGAAGCUAAACUACUUCAUUAUCUGUGCAGAAAACCUCUUGAAUGUUUUGAAAAUUAUAGCAGCUUGACAUUAAUACUAAUUUAUAAAUUGUGUUAUAUACCAAUAACUUGACAUUGUGGAUUAUUUUUUAAGCAAAUGCACCUAUCAUGACAUACAACAAAGAUCAAAGUCACAAUAAAUUACUUCCCUGUUUAAUGAAAGUUGUAUUCAAACUGCAUUUUGUAAAUAAAGGGUGCAGUUUUUUUCAUUACUUUACUUUUUGGUCAGAGGUGUUUGUACUUUUAUGACUGGGCUUUCUACUGAGAAAUUCGGGUUUUUACUCAAUAUUGUUUAGAAAAAAACUUGAUUCAGUGGGUUCUCAAUACUGUAAUUAUUUUUUUUCAG